GUUCUCGCGAUUAACUCUGCCGACGGCGACAACGACGACGAUGGCGACCACAGAGCAUGAGCCAGGCGAUGAAUACAUUCGUCGCACGGCCAACUUCAUCAGGACGAAUGAAGCCAGGCUAGCAGAGGCUGGUUUCUAUCGUCGUCGCAGAAGUGUAAAGCGACCUCCUCCAUCGUCUGUGAACGCGUUCAAUCCUCUCUCAUGGUUUGCCUCAGAACCAGCAUCCGCACCAACCAGCCGUCCUCCACCACUCGCGUACAGCACAGACAUUCACCGACUCUUCUACCUCCUCAUGCGCCUCGAGGCUCUCGGCUUUGAAACUGGCUCACUCGACGUCAAGGUCGACAGUCCAUCACGACCACUGAACUACGUCAACCUCUUUUCGGACGCUGACAAGUCGGAGACGAUGUCGCUAUCAUCCAUACGCUCCUCCUUCUCAGCCGUAUCCCGGCUCUCACUCGGGGCUGGACUUUGGGGUCGUCCGGAACCUCCUAGCGUGGACCAGGAGCUGAAGUACAUCUUCAGUAGCUUCACCAAGAUCCCUGCCAUCUCACUACAUGCUCCUGGACCCAAGAAGAUUGCAGAGCUUGCAAACGAUCCACCCAGCGAGAACGCGCUGCCAUUGGAUGCAUUCAGGAAUUUGCAAUCCCUUGAAUGUAUAGACAUUGAUCCUCGUGCACUCCUGGGUUGGGAUAGGUUGGCUGAUAGCUUGUGGAGUUUGACGAUAAAGAGGAGUGGUUUGGACGACGUGUCGGAUGUCUUCAUCAGCGCGGUGUUGGACGAUCAGGCAAGGAGAGCAGGCGAGAUCACGAGUCGGAGGCGUAGACUAGUCCACGGCCCAUCACGACAAUCCUCCUUCUAUAGUUCACCUCUCCCAGAAGCAAUUACUGAGGAUACAGAAGAGGCGGAUACACCUACGACGGAGAAGCCUCAACAGCCGCCUCUACCUCACUCGGACUCGGAUUCCGACCUUCCUCAAUUAGGCUCCUCGAAAUGGGCUUUCCUACGAUUCCUCUCCCUCUCGGAUAACUCUCUGACGUUCCUCCCAACAUCGCCAUUACACUAUCUGACAUCACUCACCCAUCUCGACCUUUCGUCAAAUCUGCUCGUAUCUAUACCUCCCGGCCUCUCACAGCUCUACAACCUCAUCUCCCUCAACCUCUCCGAUAACAUGAUCGACUCAGUCCUAGGAAUCUACAAACAACUAGGCCAGAUCCUCCGACUCGACCUAUCGCAUAACCGUCUCGAUUCCCUCUGCGGUCUUGAACGUCUCAUGGCCCUCGAGCGUAUUGACGUCCGGCACAACCUCCUCGAGGACACCGGCGAGGUCGGCAGACUCGCAACAUUGCCCAACGUCAGCGAAGUGUCGAUCGAAGGGAACCCUUUCGUAGACAUCGAGGAGAACUAUCGAGUGAAAUGCUUCGAUUUCUUUUGGAAGGAGGGAAAGAGCAUCCUGCUGGAUGGCACACCGGCAGGGUUCUACGAGAAAUCGCAGUUGUCAGCUCAACCUAACCAGCAGAUGACGUCGGCGCGACCCGUCUCGAAGGCUUAUUCACCGCCCGUCAUCCCUGUCGGUGCAGUCGUGCCCGCGCCACAUAUCAAUCCAGCGAGCUCGUCAAGCAGCCCUGGCCUUUCCCCGUCCGGUUCAGCGCAUAGCGGAUCGCCGUAUGUUCCUCCAGUAGUGAGCAAGGGCAAGCGGAGGAAGAUUAAGCGGAUCGUGGAUUUGGACGGCGACGACCAGAGCUUGCGCGCGAGGUCCACGAGUCCUGUUACACGCAAUGGAGCUGGACACGCUCGUGCUGCUUCAGCCGCAGCACCCAUAACUUCUGCAGCAGCACCUCCACCACGAUCCGCUUCACCAGCGCAUGGUGAAGAUACUACACCUCGAGCUUCCGCCAUCGCACCGAACACGGGUUCGAUACGACGUCCGAAGACGAGACAUCAGCGUUCACAGACAGACGUGAUCAUUUCAAGACCAUCUUCUCCUCCCCACUCUUCACCGUCACCACCAACACAACCCCCCUCCACCGUCUCUCCGCCAUCCGCUUUCACAACCACCAUGUCCCGCAACGGAGCCGGACAUAACAGUCUUCGUGUGAAGGGCAACAAGAGUGCCGCUCGUAGGGCACGAGCCGCCGCCUCUGUCUUCGAGCCUCCACCAGAUUCUGCGCGGGAUGGUGUGAGCCUUAAUGGUCAAGGAGGGGCACGAGGAGGGAAGUCGGUGGCGGAGGAGAUGAGGGAUGCGGAGGCGUUUAGAGCGAGGAUCGAGGCGUUGAAGGCGGAUAUGGGCGAGGGGUGGCUGAAGGUGUUCAGUCAGAGUGGGAUGGGGCAGACGGGGGUCCAAUCGGGUGCGUGAGUGGAAGUUGAGGUGGAUAUUUGGCUCAGUUGAGGAGGUGGACGGAUGGAUGGAUGGGAGGGUCUGCUUGUGUACCAUAGAGUUUUGUUUUAUGUGUUUUGGUGCUUCUUUAUUCGUCUUUGUGCGUUUCUUUCUCUCCGUCUUCCUGCUCAUGUGCUUCUGAUCUCAUCCGGUUUUUUUGUGCUGUUCUCUGUUUCCUUAGUAGUUUGUCGCGUUGUUCCUCUUGUCCUUAUUAUAACUGGGUUUCGUUGGAUCUCAAUAUUGCUAUCUACAUAUGCCACACCUAUUACUACUCCGUUGUCACUUCACGCUACUCGUCCUGCAUAGACUCGACUUAUGACCAUGGUUCAUGCACCACGACAUCUACUUUUUCCUCGCCUGUUUUCGUUUUCCGUCUCUGUCGUGCUCCGUUGUGCCUUUACCGCGUCGGUCGUGCCUGUACUAUUUUGACUGCUCAUCCAAGGAAACUUAUAUUCAGGACGUCUACUCUUCGGGCAGGUCGGUAGUAGACACGGAACUUAUGGAAUCGAAGGAUAUGGUGGAUUUGUGAGAAAUGUAUGUAUGUCAACAAACCAGCUGAAAUCUCUAAGCACUUAGAUCAAAGAGGCGACAUACACCUAAGAAGAGAAACGAAAAUGACAAUGACGAUCGACCUUUCAAGAAAGACCCGACAGCAUACGAGAGCGAUGAUUUGCGAAAGCGAGUAGGGAAAAAAUUAUAGGACGAAGGUAACCGAAUAGGUUGUUUGGGAAGGCGGCGGUUACAAAAGAAAAACGGGUAAUCGUGGUCGAUUAGAGCCCGCUCUCAGCGAUGCCGAAUUUCGCAGUCCAUGAGUCGACGAGAAUACGAGCGCGAUCGCGUAGUGCGAAUUCGGCGUCGAAGGGGAUCUCAUCGAGAGUAGCGAACCGAGACAAGGUUUGGCCCAGUCCGCUCGUCUGUAGGGCGUUGAGGUCGACGUGGCUCUUUAUGCGGUCGAUAUCUCUGAGGACACCGCUGAUAAUGCUCAUGGCCUGGUGAUCUGUCACACUUUUCCCUUUGACAACCUUUUGGAACACACUCGUCCAGUUCGCGAGUAAGUCCUCGUCAAAGCUCUCUGCCAAGUCGGUCGCCGGGACGCUUGCUCCCGUAUUUUCAACGUCAAUUACGGGUACGCUCGAGGAAUGUGCGUCGGUGUCGUCGUUCUCCAAACGUCGCCUUUUCGCCGCACGACGAGCACGCUCCGAAACUUGAGCGGAGGAAGGGAGAGAGAGCCUGGCUGGGCCGUCCUCAGAGAUUUCGGAGGUCGCACUGCGGGAGCGUGAAGUGGCAAUGAACGAGACAUCGAGGAUGCCAUGAGGCCCAUUUUCCAGCGGAGGGAGGAUAGUGUUGGUGUACCUCACACGAGAUGGUUUCGGUUUCGGCUUUCUGCCAGCACCUCUCUCCAAAUCCCCUUCCCCAAACAUCAUCUCCAGCAUGUUGGCAAAUGUCGAAACAGAGGAAGCUUGAGGACAGAUGCAACCAUUCGGCAGAUCGUUGUAUCCAGGGUAUUUUGCGCCUAUGCUUUCGCUCUGAGUCAAGUAUCCGCGCACCAACCUCCUUGCAUCCAUUGAGUAGCGCUUCAAAUAUGACCUCUCCCUCUCAUCCAUAAUCACUUCGCCACUCUCGUCAACGGGGUAGACAUCCUGGCUGGGCACUAGCGUGAUUUCGGCCGCACCCAAGCACUCGUCAAACUCGUGUGUCGCAACGUCGAUCUCUUCAGGAAUAGCAGCGAGCUGGCGCCUUUUGGAGCUUGCCUUCGAAAGCACAGGUGCAUUUGAGGGCGAAUCCGAAGGCGGCGAGGGCGCGCGGGGUGGAGGAGCGGAUGAUGAAGAAAUAGAGAGGACGGGACGCGGGAUGCGGGGAGGCCUCGUUGUCUGACUGACUCUGGACGCAUCGUUCAGCACUUGUACGAGAGACCGAGCGUUGCUAGUGAGAGGCGAAACGACGCCGGACAGAUCAUCCAAGGGCCCAUGAGUUGCAGAGGAG